AUGGUUGCCAUCAAGAACCUCCUCAUCGCCACCCUCAUCUCCGGCGUUAUCGCAACACCACUGUUGAGUGGUCGCAACGUCCCAGACAUUGAAGUCGAUUCUGUCGCUUCCAUCGAGACCCGAGCUGAAGCCGCCAAAAAUGUGAACACUGCUGCCACAUAUGGCAACGGCGGAUCAUUCGGAAACGGCGGAGCAUACAAGAACGGAAACAACGGUGGUGGCUUCAACUCUAGCGGUGGUUUCAACUCUGGUGGUGGCUCUAGCUCUGGUAAUGGCGGCGGUAACUGCGACUACUCCGAGAAGAACAGGCUCGACCAGGAGAUUCGCAACAGGGAGCGCAUGAAGGACCGCCUCGAUGACGAGAUCCAGAGACGCCAGAAUAUGAAGGACCAGCUUGACCAGGAGAUUCGUCGCAAGCAGAAUGGCGGGUGGUAA